CGGACGCACGGACGGGGCAGCCGUGCUCGCAGCCCGACGCAGCGCGGGCCUUGGCGCGCGGGGCGCUUCCCCGGGUCGCCGUCAUGGCCGCGGAGGCGGUGCGCCCGAGCAGCCUCGCCUGAGUUCCAGGGGGCUCUUCACCCCGCACGAUUGUUCCUGCCUGUUUCAUAAACAUAGUCAUUGGCUUUUGAUUGCUCUCACAUCUGAUGUGGCCUCUGUUUCAUGUCACAUCUUAAAACUCCUGUAUCUCACUUAGAAAGGGUCUAAAACACAGGACUGCCCCAUCCCCCACCCCCAGCUCACCAGCACCUUUACAGAGUCCACACUUCUCUCUGCAACGAGAUGUGCAAGUCUCUUCUUACAGGUUUGAAUCUUCAGACAGACUUCUGGGAAGACUCCAUACAUACCCUGCCGCUGAUGUUUCCUGUCACCCAGUAGACAGUCUGGUGAUCCAGGACAUGCCUCAGCUCUAGUGAUGCAGGUGACCUUCCUGCUCCUGAAUCUCAUCUGUGCCUCAGACUUUCUCCCCCAGCUUGAGACUGCGUAUGAACUGGGAUGUGGGGAAGCAGGGAGCAGAGCUAGUGGUGACUGAGGGGCCCACAGUGCUGCAUCUCCCUUGCUCUGGAGUUCAGCUGCAGAGACUCUGCUAAUGUGCCGGGCACCAUCCCUCCUUUUGUGCUUAAAUGGCACAGCAUUUGGGCAGCAUAUCUGAAAAGGAAAGUGUGAGAAGCAAAGCCCAUGGCCACGUUCCCCUGCCAAUUAUGUGGCAAGACGUUCCUUACCCUGGAGAAGUUCACUAUUCACAGUUAUUCCCACUCCAGGGAGCGGCCGUUCAAGUGCUUGCAGCCUGAGUGUGGCAAAGCCUUUGUUUCCAGAUAUAAAUUGAUGAGGCACAUGGCUACCCAUUCUCCCCAGAAAUCUCACCAGUGUGCUCACUGUGAGAAGACGUUCAACCGGAAAGACCACCUGAAAAACCACCUCCAGACCCACGACCCCAACAAAAUGGCCUUUGGGUGUGAAGAGUGUGGGAAGAAGUACAACACCAUGCUGGGCUAUAAGAGGCACCUGGCCCUCCAUGCAGCCAGCAGUGGGGACCUCACCUGUGGGGUCUGCUCCCUGGAGCUAGAGAGCACUGAGGUGCUGCUAGACCACCUCAAAACCCAUGCAGAAGAAAAGCCCCACAAUGGAACCAGGGAGAAGAAGCACCAGUGCGACCACUGCGAAAGAUGCUUCUACACCCGGAAAGACGUGCGACGCCACCUGGUGGUCCACACAGGAUGCAAGGACUUCCUGUGCCAGUUCUGUGCCCAGAGAUUUGGGCGCAAGGACCACCUCACACGGCAUACCAAGAAGACACACUCCCAGGAGCUGAUGAAAGAGAGUUUGCAGGCCGGAGACCUUCUGAGCACCUUCCACACCAUCUCGCCUUCAUUUCAACUGAAGGCUGCUGCCUUGUCUCCUUUCCCUAUAGGGGCCCCUGCCCAGAAUGGGUUUGCAAGUAGCUUGCCAGCUGAGGUACACAGCCUGACCCUCAGUCCCCCAGAAGCAGCCAUCCAGCCUAUACAGCCGCUGCCAGAGUCCCUUGUCUCCCUGCACCCCUCAGUGUCCCCCGGCUCUCCUCCUCCCACCCUUCAGAAUCACAAAUACAGCACCGGUUCUACCUCAUACCCCCCACUUGCAAGCCUGCCCCUCAAAGCAGAUACUAAAGGUUUUUGCAAUAUCAGCCUGUUUGAGGACUUGCCUCUGCAAGAGCCUCAGUCACCUCACAAGCUCAACCCAGGUUUUGAUCUGGCUAAGGCAAGUGCUGGUAAAGUCAGCCUGCCCAAGGAGCUGCCUGCAGAUGCUGUGAACCUAACAAUACCUGCCUCUCUGGAACUAACCCCCCUGUUGGGCUUCUGGCAGCUGCCGCCUCCUGCUACCCAAAAUGCCUUUGGGAAUAGCACCCUCACCCUGGCGCCUGGGGAGUCUCUGCCCCACCGGUUGGGCUGUCUGGGGCAGCAGCAGCAAGAACCUCCAAUAGCUGUGGGCACCGUAAGCCUGGGCCAGCUACCCCUUCCCCCCAUCCCCCAUGUUUUCUCAGCUGGCACGGGCUCUGCUGCUAUCCUGCCUCAUUUCCAUCAUGCAUUCAGAUAACUGGUUUUUAAAGCCUAUUUUUCUUAUUCUGGAAGAUGUUUUAAGAAGCAUUUUAAACGUCAGUUACAAUACAAGGAACAAUUUGGAGAACAGGACUGGGAAUAUGGCUUAUUCAGUGAUGACUGGCUUGAGAUAAGAGAACUCUUGAACUGCAUGUAUUGUGCCAAUCUGUCCUGAGUGUUCAUGCUUUGUACCAAAUUUAAUGGACGCGUGUUCUUUAAUCGAACUGCAAAUACCAUCAUAACCAACAUCCAAAACAACGGCUGCUAUAUAUAAGUGUUUGUCAUAUUGAAUUUAAUCAUAAGCCAUGCUCAUAAUGAUGUUAACUAAAUAACUUUAUGUGGCACUGCCUAGUAAGGGAACUAUGGAAAGGUCUGGAUAUCUCCAAAUUGGGAGAAUUUUUUAAAUAAGAAAAUAACCUUCAUAUGGUAUAUUAUAACUAGGCUGUGUAUUUUCUUUUCAGGGAUUUUUCUACUUUCAGGGUUGGAUGUAGUUUAGUUACUCUUAUCAUAGCCAACCUGUAGUUUUACAGAAACAAUUUCUUGUGGAGCAAUAGAUUUCUCCAUUUUAAAACAGCAUUUUAAGUGUAGUUUGAAUAUUUUCCACAAGAUGCUACAAUGUGAGUUAUCACUUCAUUUAUCUUAAAGACUAAACUGGUUGUCAGUUACAUCUGACAGAAAAAAAAAAAAAAAAAAAUCACUGUGUAACCAGGUUAAGUGGCAAAAUAAUCCAGGCGUCAGUCAAAGGCAUUUUGCUGACUUUAAUAUUGAUUAUAUUUUUAACAGGAAUUUAAGAGAAUAUUACUGGAAUUAUAUAUAUAUAUAAACCAAGAAUUUGCUUUGUCUAGCUUAAAUUACUACUCAAGCUGCUUAAGUUCCUAAGUAUCGUUUUUAAUCACCAAUAAAU